AUGUACAUCCCACGAAUUUGGCAGGCACUUUUCAUUGUGCUGGUAACAAGUCAACUCGCGUUGGGCGAUGACAAUAGUCUAUACUUGUCGCCAUCAAAACAUGGUGGCAGCAUGCUCACGAAGCAGAAAGAGCCAUUGAACGUGAUUAUCUCAGCCACGUCUGACUCGAGUGUCCUUGACAAAGAAGGGUUCUUGCAGUUCGCUAAUGCGACUGGCUUCGAAUUGGACGAAAAUGCAGGAAAGUCAAAAAACAAUGGUGCACAAUCAGCAAAUCUCGGGGACGGUCGGGGAGAAGUAGAGCAGGAUGGCCUCAUGCGUGCGAAGCCGGCUCUAGCGGAAGUAGUGAAUGGUGGAAACCAUUUCCGUUUCUGGAUGCAAACCGGCGAUAAGGCAAAGACGAACGCGAUUUUCAUCGCUGCUUCGGUUGAAAAGUCUAUCAAGCAGAACCAUGACAUUGUAAAAAAUGGGUACGAUAUGGGUCGUGAUCAGCUUGUGAAAAAUGCGACCCAACAAGAUCGAUCUGCAAACGGCAAGACUUUCCGCACGAAGCUUCUUAAAAUGGACUCUUCGCUUCUCAAUGACAUUUCGAAGAACAAUUUGAAUCACAAUAUUGGUACUGACGGUAGGGUUGCUAUUUUGGAAGUCAAGGUCAGCGAUGAUACCAAGUCAGGCUCUGGUAAAAGUGGCCAGAACUAUGGUGUAUCAGUGCACACACGGCUGUCGAUUUUCAAAGCCCUUGCAGUGGGCGCUUUUGUCGGUCUUGUAAUUUUCUUGUAA